AUGGCGCCAAGCAUGAGCCUCACGGAGACGCUCCGUCUUCUCAUCACUGCCAACCACAUUCUUCACUAUCACGAAAUCGUCGAUGGCUUCGGGCACAUCUCAGUGCGGAAUCCCCAUGACCCUUCCACCUUCUACAUGUCGGCCCAGAUUGCUCCGGGGAUUGUCAAGUCGCCGGAUGACAUAGUGCUAUACUACGUUGCCAAUGGGACGUCGGUCGACCCCAAUGCUCCGACGGGUUACGCGGAGCGCUUCAUCCACAGCGAAGUCCUCCGGCAGUGGCCCUGCGUCGGAUCCGUCGUCCACGCCCACGCGGACGAAGUUCUUCCCUUCACCAUCGUCGAGGGCGUCCAAAUGGAAGCGGCCUUCCACAUGGCCGGAUUUAUCGGUGACUACGUCCCGGUCUACGACAUCGCCCGCUAUUACCUACCAAACGAGACGAACCACAACCUCCUCGUCUCCGACACGCACCUCGGCGGCGCUCUAGCCUCGCUAUUCGGCGCUCCCGCGCCACCUUCUUGCGACACGUGCGCGUGCCCCAACCCAGCCCACCGCCUCGACAGCCGAGACGACAACAACCACCGGGGCGGCGGCGGCGGUGGUGGUGGUGGCGGCCACGGCAGAGGCGGCGACUACUCCACCAAUCACCGCGACGAUGACGGCAGCAGCGACUCUGAAAACGACAACAGCGCUGAUUCCGACCCCCCGCGCACCCUCGUGCUGAUGCGGGGUCACGGCUUCACGACGGUGGGCGCGGACAUUUUGACGUCGGUGUUCCGGGCGUACUACAUCGCCGACAACGCGCGGCUGCAGAGCGCGGCCAUGGAGCUGAGCGUCAACGCCCAGGAGAUGUGCGAGGAUGUGGGUGGGAAUUACGGGAAUAUCAAGUACUUGAGCGCGCGGGAGAGGAGGGAUGCUGGGGCCAUGCCGCACGAGUUUAUCGCGAAGGCUUGGCAGUUGUGGGUGAAGGAGGUGAGGACGAGGGGGGAUGGGUUGUAUGAGAAUGCGCUCGGCUGGCCGGUGAUAACUUGA